CAGAGAGGAAAUGAACUUGAGAGAAGGGGGAACACAGGCCAAGGAGAGAGAGGGUGGAAGCGGCAGCAGGGGAGAGCUGGAGCCCGAGCGGCAAUGGUCAGGAUGGAGGAGGUGGCUGUGAAGCAGGGCUUCCUGCACCUUCAGCAGCAGCAGACCUUUGUCAAGAAGUGGCGCCGAUUUACAGCUGUGUUGUAUGGAGAGUCCAGCUGUGCCCUGGCCCGGCUAGAGCUCCAGGAUGGCCCUGAGAAGUCACGUCGGGGAGAGGCCACCCGGAGGGUUAUCCGCCUCAAUGACUGCCUGCGUGUGGCUGAGGCAGGUGGGGAGGCCAGCAGCCCCCGGGACACCAGUACCUUCAUCCUGGAGACUAAGGAGCGCCUGUACCUGUUGGCGGCCCCCACUGCAGAGCGAGAUGACUGGGUGCAUGCCAUCUGCCUUCUGGCAUUCCCCGGGCUGAGAAAGGAGCCAUCGGGGCUGGAGGGGAGAAGUGGCAGGCCCUGCAUGGAGGAGAAUGAAUUGUACAGCAGCUCGGCCACAGGGGUCCCCCGUAAGGAAUUUUCUGUGACCAUGAGACCCACAGAAGCCAGUGAGCGGUGCAGGCUCCGAGGGUCCUACACUCUCCGGGCUGGGGUAAAUGCCCUGGAGCUGUGGGGUGGCCCAGAGCCAGGCACCCAGCUGUACGACUGGCCCUACAGGUUUCUGCGGCGCUUUGGGCGGGACAAGGUGACCUUUUCCUUUGAGGCGGGCCGGCGCUGUGUCUCUGGAGAGGGCAGCUUUGAGUUCGAAACACGACAAGGCAACGAAAUCUUCCAGGCCCUGGAAGAAGCCAUUGAUGCCCAGAAGAAUGCUGUCCCACCAGCCACAGUGCCCGUGGUGUCUGCCACACUGCCCCGGCCUGAGAGCCCCUAUUCCCGGCCCCACGACUCGCUACCUUCACCUUCACCUGGCACACCAGUGCCUGGUGCACGGCCCCGGGGCCCUGAGGGGGAAUAUGCGGUGCCGUUCGAUGCAGUGGCCCGCUCCCUGGAGAAGAGCUUCAGGGGCAUCCUGGCAGGCCCUGUCCUGCUCCCGGCUGACCCACUGUAUGACAGCAUUGAGGAGCCAGUGCCUCCUCCACAUGACCACAUAUACGAUGAGCCUGAAGGCAUGGCUGCCCUGUCUCUGUACAAGCCACAGGAGCCUGGGGUUGAGGUGUGGAAGAGGCAGGCCACAGCCGAUGGGGGCCCUAGCCCCCUCCAGCAGGACUCUUCUGUUUCUUGUUGGCCACAGGGAACCGAGUAUGACAAUGUUGUACUUAAGAAAAGUCCAAAGUAACAGGGUGCAGAAGAGAUGUGGUCACACUAACAUGUAUAGGAGGUAGGGUUUCAAGGCUGGGAUGGUGAGUGAACGGUGCCUCCCCUUUCAGCUUCUGCUGGUGUGUCCCCUUGGCUACUGUACUGGAGCCCCCAGCUUGCCCUGCUUUGUUUGCCCUGAUGGAUGGCCCCUCCUAGGUCCCACUGGGUGAGUCAGCAGCCCAGAGCAGGAAGAGUACCCUGGAGAGACCCACCCUACUCCUACUUCUUUUCCACUUCCUCCUCUUUCCCUGGACCUAAAGGGGAACCUUGGGCACUUAUAGCAGAGGAUGAAAGGAUGUCCAUAAAUCACUCUGGUUCCUUGACUUGGGUAGGCCUUCUGCUGGCUGAUAUUCCCUUGCCUGGGACAAUCCUGGAUCCAGGCAACCAGGAGGGUGGCUUCAGCUUUUUGCGGAUUUCAGAUUUUUCUGUAGCAUUAAAACAU